UUUAUCUACGCACGGCUAUGCGGAAGGAUUUUUGUCCGAAAUUAAAAAUACGCCGUGCUGUAGAAGAAGACAACGAUGAUAUAGUAGAAAUGCUUGGCAAGAGUUGUCAGGCAUUGCAAGAGUUAUACGGCAACUAUUAUGUGAGCGAAAUUAUUGGACGCCAUCCUGGAAUGGACAGGCAUAUCAUUGUGGCAGAUUACCGAGACCAGGCCGUGGGAGUGAUGUGCCUUAAUUCGAAAAUUAACUAUGAAAUGCUUCAAAAGACGUACGAACUUGGCCCUUACCACGGUUUGAGAAAAGUAUCCCCAUUGGAAAAGGAAAAUUACAAGCGAUCAAAUGUGCUGCUAAAUACUUUUGGAAUGCCCAUAAUGCUUGGUAAAUGGAACCCCUACAAAGUACUAUCUAAACAUGACUUUACCCAACUUGGAUAUGAGCGACAAAAGCAAAAACUUCCUCAUAAACGGGCCAAAGGUUUAGCAGGCAGGGUAAAUUUUGAUUGCCAAGCUGAUAAAAGUAGGAAGAGGUUUGACGACUUUUUUUAUAAGCAAACUUCAGAAGAUUAUAGUGAGAAAGAGUUGAUGUCGCCCUCUCCGUCAAUGUUGACCAACCGAUCUGUCGCCGAUCUCCUUGACGGUGAUCCAUUCGAUUACGAAAUUGUUAAUAUCGAUAAAGUUCUGCUGAGCGUGCCCGAAGUUCUGCCAAGUGAAUUAAUUUCGACACACGUUAGAAAUACAGGUUCUCGGGGUACCCGUGCUGGAGAGAUUCAAAGUAAAAAUAAAAAGAGAUCAUCAAUGCUCAGAAGGGCAACAUUCGAGGAAGAAGAAUUUGUACCAUAUGCUGGUGAACCUAAUGCUUUUAUAAUAGAAUUGUUUGGCCUUCGGGAGGACGUAGACGAUAGACAGUCAUUCCAUUUGUUGGAAGUAGCUUUUGAAAUGAUGAAGGAUUACGAUUACUGCGUCAUUCGGGUGCCCUGCAAGGAGAAAAGUUUUCAUCUGCUGGAACAUUUUUGCUUUGUUCCGACGAAGAACAAGAUAAAUUCACAAUACGCACUUUAUAUUGCCCAUCGAAAUUCAGUGUUAAGUAAAUUGCGCGUCCGUAAAGCGGAGUUGAUAGACAUACCCCAAAUCACACAGCUCCUUAGAAACUUGGAAGGAAAGGAGACACUUUGGACGGUAGAAAAUACAAUUUUGAAAAAGAACAAGCUGCAGUGUUAUGUUUUUCUGAGCGGCGUUAAUCUUGUUGGUGUCGGUAUUUUAGAGCAAUCAGAAAAAGUCGAUUUCAUUCGAGCGAAAUACAAUUUGGAUUCUUACCGAAUUAACAAAUAUCAUUCAAGUGAAUAUAUCAAUGGAGACAUAUUGACGGUUAAAUCAGUACUUGUGUACCCGGUAUUUGAGAUACACUUCAACUUUUUCGCUAGGGACAUGAUGAGGCUUUCCGGGGCUAAUACACUUUUGUGGUUGACUGCGUAUAGAAAUAAAUGGGUGAUUCACAAAACGAACUCCUUAGCCGUUGCAAUGAUCCCUUUGAUUCCAAGAAAAUCAGAAGUAGAUUGUAUGCCAGUGCCUGAGCUACGAAGGAUACGUGAACUUUUGAAUACAGUAAAACGUUCUGUUUUUUAUUACCGAAUGCCUUUCAGUGCAUGGUUUAUUAAUAAAAAGCUGACUUCUGUUCCGAAAGUAAAUGUUAACACCAGAAUUAUAGUGGUUGGCGCUUCAAGGACUGCGAUGGCAUUUUUGAACGCUCUGCUUUUUAGCGAUUCAUGUACGUACCUUUUCUUCACUAACGUAACCCUGGUGUCGCCUUACGGCUUACCUUACGCGAGACGCAACAGGUCUCCUUCGGAGAUGAUGUUUCCGAAGUUUCACACGAAAACUGAUGGAUAUUUAAAAAGCUCACCUUAUACUUACUAUGUGAAUGUUGUUCAAGGCACCAUGGUCGAGAUUAACAAGCGGGAUAAAUAUAUAACAUUAUCAAACGGGGGCAAGUGCUGUUAUGAUUUACUCUUUCUAUUAAUUGGAAAACAGUACCAACAUCCUGAUUAUUUGAAGCCUAUUUUAGAAAGAGAAAAAGAAAUGAGGAGUGGUAAUGUCCCAAAAUACAUGCGUCUGGAUAUACCCCAACAAAGUCCAGAGCCUAAAAUCGACAAUUGUACACCGUCUAAUGUUUUCAUCGUAAACACGAUUACUGACGCCAAUAAAGCUUUAAACAUUGUAAAAAAUUUGACAUGUCAUAAUACGGAGUAUAAUAUCAUUGUGUAUGGUGCUACAUUACAUGCUUAUUGCUGUUUAGCUACAUUGAUAGAGAUGAAGAUCCCUCAGAAAAACAUCGUUUUUAUUGAACCCUUUCCGCCGGAAGAUCCUAAAAAGUCGCGAGUAUCAUUGUUUUGUAAUGUUAACGUCGACAAAUCCGUAUGCGAAACGAUAAAUAACCUCGAGAUUAAAGUGUAUCGUUCAUAUUAUUUCCAACGAUGGCAUACCGAUAGUGACAACUUGGUCGUCUACAUUGAUUUUCUCUCUCACUUCGAAUUUCUAAGACUCAAAUGCUCCGUGUUCUUUUACUAUGGAACUAUUGGCGUUAACGAGCAGGCUUUUAUUGCCAUAAACAGAAGUGGGAUGGCAUACAACGAUGGCAUUCUUAUAGACCAUGAGUUCAAAACUAAAGACUCUUCGAUAUACGCUGCGGGACCGGCUACUAAAUACAGGAGACAAUAUUACGCUGACAGCAUGAGGCAUGAGUACUUUGACGCUUAUGAAAUUGGCACGAAGUUGGGAUAUCAAAUCAAAAACCAGUUGGAUCCUUUGUUCAAGGAAGUCAAAAAAGAAACGCAAAACAUAAAAGACACGAAACAGAGAUUUAGCUCGGGCUCUUCGGAAACUAUAAAAACUGAAAGCAUUAAUACUAAAUCAGACAGUGAGUCUUCUGUACCAUUGGACCAAGAUUUUCCUAAAAUACCAGUUUUCAAAAAACCGCAUGUAUCUUGCUGCACGCUUCCUGGUGGAUUACAUUAUUUGGAAGUGCGCUCUCCAGGCAAGAAGAUCCCCCAUCAAUAUGUUCAGUCAUUGAAAUAUAAUGGUAUCGUGCUGGAAACGUUCAAAGGUGGAUAUUUUAAACUACACCUGACCAAUGAACUUAUCGUCGAUGGCAUAACUUGUCUGACACCAGAGAACUACUCUUUGGAGAACUUCAAAAAUCUCUAUGGUCUUUCAGCGACAGUGCUUAACAACGUUUUUAUACGAUAUACGGCAAAGAAGAUAGAUGACUUUUAUGCCUUUUUCCGAGCGCCUUGGGCCUGUUUCCUAUACCACGAUCAGACUGAUGAACUAUUCGCGAUGGUGAAAGAACUGCUACCAAAGUCGUUUAAAUGCCACACGAAGCUAAAGAUUCGUUCGUCGUUCGAGAAAACACCAUACGUGGAAGCCAUCACUGACUACGUCAUAGAAUGGCUCUCUGAAAAUGAUGUUCUUUUGCCUAUGUAUAUACAACCUUUUCAAACGAGCUAUUAUGACCACGAUUUGGAGCACAAUCCAAAAAUUGACGAUCCUUUUCCUGAACGCGUAACGGGAAGAGACAUGGUGGUAGAACAGGAAACAUACAAAACCACUAAUGGAGAGUACUGCGUGAAGCCGAAUCCCAAUAAAGCGAUGGAGAGAUCCGACUGCGCUAUCAAUUGUCGAAGGGUCAUCUUUAUGACUGGUGUUGAAAAACGUCUACAAGGAAAAAGUGUAGUUCAGCCAGUGAUGUUAUCGGAGAUGAAAGACAAUUUUAGAGGAGUUAAUCCUCCAACAGCGCCUCCUGAUUUUAUAGUGAAACCACCUGAUCCCCAAUAUAUUUAUGAUGUUGUAGCUGCAGGCAGGAAUGAGUCGUCAGCAAUUUCCGAUAGUGCAGGUGGAUUCCGUAAGCUUCUUGAUCCUUACGUAUCGACUUAUAGAACGUACCAUAAGCCCUUUACUAUUGAGGAGCAGUUUGGCGUUGCCGCUAAGGAUCAGAUAACUUUCUAUUCUGAAUUUAAUGUGCCUAAGGUGCGAGGUUUUGGGCCACGACACAAAGAGAUAUGGAUGCCUUUAACAGCAAAAGUACAUAGAGGUGUUUAUGAUAGAAUCCAUGUUAAGAAGGAGUACAAGGAAGUAGCAGCUUGCCAUAAUCCAGUCAAUAAUAUAAAGGGGGUCUUUGAAUCCGAAACGAAAAAGAAAUACAAGAUACCUUACGCAUCAUCUUCUCUUGCAACCUGGAAUCAUGGAGAGAUGUUCGACCUGGCCCCGUAUCCACCUAACCCUUACCAGACCAACAUAGCACCGUUUAUGUACUGCAGUGAUUACUGUCACAUUGCCCAGGGUACACCACCGUACACGGUCAUCGAUCAACUCAAACACAACUUAAAGCCACGUCAAAAAUGUGUUGAUAGGUUUAUAGUGUCAAGAGAUUUUGCUCCGUAG